AUGUUUUGAUAAGAAAUCAGUUUAUGUUUUGCUAUGAUUGUUGCUUUUCCAAUAGUUUCUUCUUGGGGUCAAAAUGGUAGGUUGAGGGUUAAUUUAUUGAUAGAUAGACAUUAUCCAUUGAACAUGCCAACUAGGACUAGGUUUAACCUGUCUCUGGGAAACCAGACGGUAAUGUUUUGAAGACACUAAGCACAUGAUCCAUUUAUAUUCUUAAAUUGUAUUCUUCAAGAGGCAAUAGCUACAUAUAAUUUGUGCCAAAAUUCCUAAAAUUGAUGUACCAAUGCAGAUUUCCCCUUUAAUCUAGAAAGUAUUAUUAUUUUUAUCAUUUUUCUUGCUAACCUCAUUUGCAGAUUCCUCAAAACUAGUAGCCACAAUGGCAUCACGUUCCCCUCCAAAGGACUGUGGCUUUAAUGAAGAUACCUUAAAAAUGGCUAUAUCAAGUCUCUACUUCCUGUUGUUCAUCCCGGCCCUCAUCAUCAAUGGGGUAGCAGUCUGGGUCUGCAUGCAACUUCGUUCAACGUCCACCUUCAUGGUGUAUCUGAAGAACCUUCUGGCCGCUGACCUUCUCAUGACCCUGACCAUCCCUGUCAAAGCAGCCAAUAUCCUGCCCAGCACUCCACUGACUCUGAAGGCCUUUGCCUGUCGCUACUCUGAUGUUCUUUUUUACCUCUGUAUGUACAUGAGCAUCAUUCUGUUGGGCCUCAUCAGUCUGGACCGCUUCUUCAAGAUCGUCAGGCCCUGUGGCAGGUUGUUGGGUCAGAACCUUGUCUUCGGCAAAGUGCUGGCUGCUUCCAUCUGGGUGGUACUGUUGUCCACUACUGUCAUUCCAACCAUGAUCCUGACCAAUCAGGAUCCCACAAACAAGACUAAACUAUUCUGUAUGGCAAUGAAGAGCAAUGCAGGACAAUAUUUCCACAGUGGCGUGGUCAAACUAAACAACGCAAUCUUCUGGGUGGUGUGUCUUCUUAUUUGUUUCUGCUACAUAUGCAUAGCAAGGAAGGUUUUUCAAUCAUACAGGAAAUCAGGAAGCAGCAAUGACGAAGGGAGGCAUAAGACCAAAGUGCGUGUGUUUUUGGUUCUGGUGGUUUUCCUGACGUGUUUCGGACCCUACCACGCCAUACGGCUCCCCUACACCUUGCUUCAGGUUACCUCAACAACCAGCUGCACUAAGGUUACCUUACAUAUCUCUAAGGAGUUCACCUUGUGGAUGUCAGCCAUGAACGUCUGUCUGGACCCUCUCAUCUACUUCUUCCUGUGUAAGCCCUUCAGGAUCACCCUGUUCAAGACGCUCCGUCUCCCACCUGGGACCUGUAGCUGGCUCACUGGGAGAGGACCCAACACAAUAGAGGAUCAGACCCCAACACAGGAGGGAGACUCCUGUGCCUGUACAGAAAAUUAAAACUCUUUGGAAAUAUCUACUUCAUGUUGUGAGAUUUUCUGUUUGACAGAGUAUAAUACUGCUACCUGGUGGAGGGUUAACUAUCCAAAGAGUUAUACUAGAAAUGAAUCCACCAGGUGUAAUGUACUAUCCUACUCUUUAUAUUAGAAAUGCUACGUUACAGCCUUAUUCUAAAACAGAAUAACUACAUUUUUUCCCUCAUAAAUCUACACACAAUACCCAAUAAUGGAGGGCCGUACAGGCCCCAUUUAACAUCGAUGUGGUUGUAAUGGAGCGAGAUUCUUGGUGUCCACAUCACCAACAAACUGUCAUGGUCCAAACACACCAAGACAGUCGUGAAGAGGGUACUACAACACCUUUUCCCCCUCAGGAGACUGAAAAGAUUUGGCAUGGGUACUCAGAUCCUCAAAAAGUUAUACUUCUUCACCAUCGAGAGCAUCCUGACCGGUUGCAUCACCGCCUGGUAUGGCAACUACCCGGCAUCUGACCGUAAGGCGCUACAGAGGGUAGUAAGUACGGCCCAGUACAUCACUGGGACCAAGCUUCCUGCCAUUGAAGACCUUUAUAAUAGGUGGUGUCAGAGGAAGGCCCUAAAAUGUGUAAAAGACUCCAGUCGCCCAGGUCAUAGACUGUUCUCUCUGUUACCCCACGGCAAGUAGUACCGGAGUGCCAAGUCUAGGUCCAAAAAGGCUCCUUAACAGCUUCUACCCCCAAGCCAUAACACUGCUGAAUGGCCACCAGGACUAUUUACAUUGAUACCGCCCAUCCUCCAUUUGUUUUUACACUGCUGCUACUCGCUGUUUAUCAUCUAUGCAUAGUCACUUUACCCCUACCUACAUGUACAAAUUAUCUCAACAAACCUCCACCCCCUCACAUUGACUUGAUACCGGAAGCCCCUGUAUAUAGCCUCGUUAUUGCUGUUACUUUUUAUUUUAUUUUAUAUUUUUUACUUUAGUUUAUUUAAUAAAUGUUUCCUUAACUCUAUUUAUUGAACUGCACUGUUGGUUAGGGCCUGUAAGUAAGCAUGUCACUGUAAGGUCUACCUACACCUGUUGUAUUCGGCGCAUGUGAUAAAUAACAUUUGUUUUGAUUUGAUUUGAUUUAUUUGGAAUGACAAAGCAAAAACAGUAAUGACAAAGCAAAAACAGUAAUGACAAAGCAAAAACAGUAAUGACAAAGCAAAAACAGUAAUGACAAAGCAAAAACAGUAAUGACAAAGCAAAAACAGUAAUGACAAAGCAAAAACAGUAAUGACAAAGCAAAACCAAUUUUUGGGAUGGUUUGCUAAAAACAGACAUACCUUAUUUACAUAAGAAUUCAGACCCUUUGCUAUGAGACUCUAAAUUGAGCUCAGGUGCAUCCUGUUUCCAUUGAUCAUCCUUGAGAUGUUUCUACAACUUGAUUGGAGUCCACCUGUGGUAAAUUCAACUGAUUGGACAUGAUUUGGAAAGGCACACACCUGUCUAUAUAAGGUCCCACAGUUGACGGUGCAUGUCAGAGCAAAAACAAAGCCAUGAGGUCAAAGGAAUUGUCCGUAGAGCUCCGAGACAGGAUUGUGUCAAGGCACAGAUCUGGGAAAGGGUACCAAAACAUUUCUGCAGCAUUGAAGUUCCCCAAGAACACAGUGGCCUCCAUCAUUCUUAAAUGGAAUAAGUUGGAACCACCAAAACUCUUCCGAGCAGCAGGGACUGGAAGACUGGUCAGGAUAGAGGGAAAGAUGAAUGGAUCAAAGUACAAAGAGAUAUUUGAUGAAAACCUGCUCCAGAGCGUUCAGGACCUCAGACUGGGGCGACGGUUCACCUUCCAACAGGACAACGACCCUAAGCACACAUCCAAGACAACGCAGGAGUGGCUUCGGGACGAGUCUCUGAAUGUCCUUGAUUGGCCCAGCCAGAACGCCGACUUGAACCCGAUCUAACACCUCUGGAGAGACCUGAAAAUAGCUGUGCAGCAACACUCCCCAUCCAACCUGACAGAACUUGAGAGAAUCUGCAGAGAAGAAUGGGAGAAACUCCCCAAAUACAUGCGUGCCAAGUUUGUAGCGUCAUACCCAAGAAGACUAGAGGCUGUAAUCGCUGUCACAGGUGCUUCAAGAAAGUACUGAGUAAAGGGUCUGAAUACUUAUGUAAAUGUGUAUUUCAUGUUUUUCUUUUACCUGUUUUUGCUUUGUCAUUAUGGGGUAUUGUGAAGUCAUUAUGAGGUAUUGUGAUGUCAUUAUGGGGUAUUGUGAAGUCCUUAUGAGGUAUUGUGAAGUCAUUAUGAGGUAUUGUGAUGUCAUUAUGGGGUAUUGUGAAGUCAUUAUGAGGUAUUGUGAAGUCAUUAUGGGGUAUUGUGAUGUCAUUAUGGGGUAUUGUGAUGUCAUUAUGGGGUAUUGUGAAGUCAUUAUGAGGUAUUGUGAUGUCAAUAUGGGGUAUUGUGAAGUCAUUAUGAGGUAUUGUGAUGUCAUUACGGGGUAUUGUGAAGUCAUUAUGGGGUAUUGUGAAGUCAUUACGGGGUAUUGUGAAGUCAUUAUGGGGUAUUGUGAAGUCAUUAUGAGGUAUUGUGAUGUCAUUAUGGGGUAUUGUGAAGUCCUUAUGAGGUAUUGUGAAGUCAUUAUGAGGUAUUGUGAUGUCAUUAUGGGGUAUUGUGAAGUCAUUAUGAGGUAUUGUGAAGUCAUUAUGGGGUAUUGUGAAGCCAUUAUGAGGUAUUGUGAAGUCAUUAUGGGGUAUUGUGAAGUCAUCACGGGGUAUUGUGAUGUCAUUAUGGGGUAUUGUGAUGUCAUUAUGGGGUAUUGUGAAGUCAUUAAGGGGUAUUGUGAAGUCAUUAUGGGGUAUUGUGAAGUCAUUUUGGGGUAUUGUGAUGUCAUUAUGGGGUAUUGCGUGAAGGUUGAUGAGAGGAAAAAAGUAUUUCAUCCAUUUUAGAAUAAGGUUUUAACGUAACAAAAUGUGGAAAAAGUAUAUUAGUAUAUUGAAAAUGAAUCCACUGGGUGUGAUGUACUACCGAAGUCCACACAUUUACAUUAAGAGAAGAGACAGAAUACAUCUUGUUUUUAUGAAAAACCAUAGGUUUUGGCCUUUCUAGGGAGUUUUUCCUAGCCACCGUGCUUCUACACCUGCAUUGCUUGCUGUUUGGGGUUUUAGGCUGGGUUUCUGUACAGCACUUUGAGAUAUCAGCUGAUGUACGAAGGGCUAUAUAAAUAAAUUUGAUUUGAUUUGAUUUGAUUUGAUGUUUGUAAAGAUGAUUGCAGUGAUGAUUAUGUUUUUGUUUGCAUAUACUACCAAUGCAUGUUUGGACAGUAGGCCGCAGGGACUGAAUGUGUGCGCAUUAGGCUAACUAUUAGCUUUCUGGUGUUUUCCAUAUUGUAUUACUAUGGUGUGUUUAUGUUUGUUUGUUGAAAUCACAAAAUGAAUUUCCAUGUAAAUGGACAAGUGAAGUAUACUUCAUAUCAUGUACUAUUUAAAUUACAUACCAAAAAAAUGAAUAAAGUGGUCCUAUUAGGUUUCAGAUAUAUUUCUGGUUGUCAGGUUAAUCUACAGUAUAUCAAAACAAGACUCUAUUGUGUAAAAUAAUGUUGGGUAAAUGAUACACUGCAUUAGAGAGUCACAAUAACAUUACAACCUGUUCUCGCUGUUGCUUUAGUGUCACUCUAUUUCCCUGGAUUUCCCUGGAUUUGCAUCUGUCUGAACAUGUAGAGCCUUCUUGGGUAAUUCAAGAUGUGAGUCCCAUGUAUUGUACACUGGCGUUGUGGCAGAGUUCCACACCACAGUACUGUUCCGUCUGAUCACUGAUUCUCUUCAGGUAGGUGAGCACAUCGUUAGUUCACUUGCCUCUUCUUAUCCUGCUCUGUUUUAUGCAUAGCUUCAUCAAGGUACACUUCAAAUAAAUUAUAAUGGGUUUAUAAGUAUAGUUCAUAAAUUGUUAUUUAUUUGUUUAUUGGUUCUAUAGUAGCUAAAUGUGUAAUAAAGAGUUGUAAAACA